UACGAGCCAAUGGAAUCGCUUCUGUCACUCGGACUUCCUGCUCUGAUGUUGUGUUUUCUUGGCUCUAAUCAUGGCUGCCGAGGGAGACUUCCUGAUGCGAUACCGCGCCGUGUCAAACAAACUGAAGAAGCGUUUUCUUCGGAAGCCCAAUGUGGCGGAGGCAAGCGAACAGUUUGGUCAGCUGGCCAAGGAGCUGAAGCAGCAGGACUGCCUGCAGUACGCUGCCUUCUGUAACCUCGCCAUGGCCCGCUGUGAGCAGACACUUUUCAACGCUCCUGGAGAGGCUCUGGCAUUAACGGAUGCUGCCCGCCUCUUCCUCUCCUCUGAGAAAGAGAACAGAGCGCUGCAAGCCCCGGGCUUUGAUGAGCACCUUCAGGCUGCACUCAACUGCUACAGCUUCGCCAUCAAGGUGUACAUUGAGAUGAACCAGCCAGUGAUGGCAGCCAGCCUGUCUUUGGAACUUGGCAACGCGCUCAAGGAGAUGAACAGACCAGGAGAGGCAAUCGUUCAUUACCAGCGGGCUGCAGAGCUGCAGACACAGACUCCCAUCGAAGCUCUGCUGUCUAUGGGGGAAAUGGCCACCUGUAAAAUCCUCACCCGUGACUAUGACGGUGCUCUGUCAGUGCUAACAGAGAUGCAGCUGUUGUGCCAGGAGAGAGGACUGCUGCUACCAGGCACCAGCACCCCAGUCGGUGCAUUUCUGGACAUUGUGGCCAAGUGUGAAAUCUCUAGAGUACUACUGCUGAUGUUGCUCGAGCCUCCGCCUCAGAAAUUGUUACCAGAACAUGCCCAGACCCUGGAGAGGUACGCAUGGGAGUCCUUCGACCCUCACAGCCAGGUGACCUUCUUGCCUGAGAAUGUUUUCCUGCUCCUCCAGUCGGUCGUGAUGGCCUGCCAGGAGAAGGACACAGAGUCCCUCAAGUCUCUUCAAACUGAGCUAUGGCCGUUUUUGUCGGCUGAGCAGAACCAUCUUCUCCACCUGGUGGUUCAAGAGCGCAUCACCCCGUCUGGCCAAGGGAUUUAGUGCAGUCCAGUUCUAACUCACUUCCUCUGGGAAUGAUAUUUUACAUAACGGAACAUUCCAGUUUUCUGGCUAGGUCUGUUGUAAGGCCUGAAGACGUUUUUGUUUUCCGAACCUCGGUGUGUUGCAACUCUUGCAGAAUAAACAAGUGCGCACAAAACAAGAUUUUACCCGCACCGAGCGAAGACACACACACGUAAGAAUCACAUAAGUGCAUCUGUUUUUCUGAGGAGCCUCCCCUGAUGCAGGAAAUUUUGUCGGGACGUAACCUUGGACUAAAUUCAAGGAAUCCUAAUGAAACCUGGCGGUGUGCUUCUGCUCAAGUGAAGGUUACAUAACGACACCAAUCAUAUCUGUGAGAACUACACAUGCUGUUUAUGUUCUUUUUGUUAUGUUUUGUUGCAUCUUAUUUCAUCAGUGUAAUAUUUAUAUGAAUUAUUAGAUUAAAUAUGAAUUCAGGGGUUUUUUUUGGCAUUUGAAAUGUUUUAUUAAUAAAUGAUAUGGCUUAAAUUUCAAUGUAAUUACAAACCCUUCUAAUGCGUAGUUCUGAAAUAUGGUGAAAUGAAACACCAUGGUCCUCCAUCCCUGUGUUACAUUACGUUCACUAGUACAAAUUGCAUGUACUUUUAUAUGAUAGCAGCCAACUAAAAAGACAGAAUCAAACAUGGUUAAAAAAAAAAAAAAAUUCACUCAGAAUACAAAAUGUUACAAACAUACAAUGGUUACAAUGUACAUAGAUAAACAAAAAUGGAUACAAUAUACUUCAGUUGUAAAAUAAAGAUACAAUGGACUAAAAUUGUA